AUGAAGUUCAAGACGCCCUCGAUGGAUCCGCCGAAGCAUGAGAUGGCGUAUUUUCCAGACAUGACGACGUCGCUGCCCAGCGAGUCGGCCGAGUUUCGUCGCGUCUUGUGGACGGGCCUGUACAGCCAGUUGGUGCUGAUGACCGUGCCGGUGGAUGGUGAAAUCGGAGACGAGAAACAUACCGUCGAUCAAAUCUUGACCUUCACGUCCGGCAAGGGCAAGGCUACCAUCAACGGCGUAGACCAGGAUGUGAAGGCUGGCGAUCUCAUCAUCGUGCCUGCGGGCACACAGCACCAGUUCAUCAACACCGGGCCGACGCCAUUGAUUUUGUAUACCGUAUACUCUCCCGCGGAGCACAAACCAACGACUGUGCACAAGGACAAGGCACAGGGAGAUCGCGAGGAGGAAGAGGGUGUCGAUGAGCCGCCGGAGUGGAGCCAGAGGAGUAAAAAGGAGAAUGAGAAGCUGGGGCUAGUCGAUCCAGAGGGUCACUGA